AGAGUUGCUUCAAAUGCCAAGAGGAGAACCAAACCUAUUGGAGAACCCAGGAAAAAGUUCGAUGCUUAACAAACUCAUAGAGUCGCUCGAGCUCUUUGCUACGCUGCGUGAGGACGACCUCACCGAUCGCGCGCGCUCAGCGCUGGCACUUCGCCAGAAUGUGAAGUUCGGCCUUGUACCGGGCUUUCUCUACAAGCGAUUCUUCGUGGCGCUGGUCGGCGCACACAGCUGGGCUGGCCGCGCCCUCACCCUUGCCCCGGGCAGGUCCGACAUCACAUCUGUCUUCAUCGACACGUUUCAGCUGCUCAGUUCCAGUUUGUUGGGCCCGUUCCAGCCGAAGGCAACUAAGCUCGCUCUGGUGCUAGCUCUACUGCGCACAGAUACGCUGUGCGUCUACGCACGGCUGCUUUCCGCGCCCGUCACCGCAGGCAGCAGCCAGGAUGGCGGGGCCGGCGCCGCUGGCACCAACAUCAACAGAUAUCUUGACCUACAGCUGGCGGUGGCAGAGUUCGUGUCCACCUUCAUGUUCAUCGUGUUGUGUGACAUGCUGUCGCCGGUCGAUGCGGCGGCGGCCUCGGACGUCGCCCUGACGAACGAGGUCCGGGCCGCCUUGGUCCACAGCCGUGUCCUGGAGCACACGGCAGCGGUGCUGCUGCAAGCCGCCGCCGCCGCGCCGCCGCCGCAGCAGCAGCCGCAGCCGCAGGCUGAAGCUGCCGCGACAGCGGCAGCGUCAGAAACGGCUAUGUUGCAGGACUUGGCGGUCGCUGCUGGCAUUCCCUGGAUAUCGGUGUACACAGAGCUACGGUGCAUCAGCAGGGAUGACCAACCAGACACACGCUCGGCGGCUGGCGCAAGCGGCACAAGCAAUGCCUGCGGAAGCGCCAUCACCUGGGCAAGGCUUUCACGGCCGGUCAUGUUGUUCGCCAUAGCCCUGGACAAAGUGCUGAUUCCAAGGCUGGGGCCCGGGCUGUGGGACCAGCUGGCACCGCGGUCACAGCCCAGCGAUUGCCCUCCGGCGCCCCAAGCACCAGCAGCAACUGGGGCUGCAAAUACGGUGCUGCAGCAGGCGCGGCAGCUGCUCGGCGGCCCUUGCAUGCAGCUAUGGGUCCUGUGGGCUACGCAGUGCGCAGCACGCACCGUCCCGCGCGGCCCUGGAGGCCCUGGCGCCGCCCGCGCGCGCGCCGCCGCACAGCGCUCGACAGCAGGAGCGGAAGCGCUGGCUGGUGUGGAACCUGCCGCGGGCCGCGCAGGUGCUAAGCCGCUCCGGGCCGGCGUGCGCCUGGGGCCGGCCCGGCCGGCUGUAGGGCCGCUCACCCCCCAUGAAUUUGGAGCGGGUGGAAUGCCUGCCACCUGCGGCUUGACUGUCGGGCAGCUGAAGACUGUGGUGGCAUCAGUGCUGGGAGUCGGCUCCUUCGUGUUCCAGGCCAGCACCAGCACCACCAGCACCAGCGGCACCAGCAGCACCAGCGGCACCAGCAACAGCAGCGGCACCAGCAACAGCAGCGGCGGCGUGGGCGGCGCAAUGGCGGCUUGGGCGGGCGGGGCAGCGGCAAUAGCGGAGCAGGCGACGGAGCCGCUCUGCCCGCCGGUACGAGUGUACGACUCCUUGCACGCGGCUGCGGAAGCGCUGUGGCUGGGCAUGGGGCCGCCCGCUACAGCCUCCGAAGCCGCUGCUGCAGCCGCCGUGCCUUGUGCGCACGCAGCGCUGUCGCCCGAGGAGGUAGCGCAGCCGCUGGAGCUGAUGCAGCGCCUGCUGGGGUCACUACAGCCCGCCGAGGCGGCGGUGCGGCUGCCGGGCCUGUGGCGGCUGCUGCUGUGGGCCUCAGGGCAGACACCACAGAUGCGCCUGGCGGUUGAGGCGUUCAAGCUGCUGGAGCUACAGCUGCCGCCGCCGGCGCCGCCGACUGUGGCACCGGCCCUGCAGCCGGCGGCUGCAGCAAUGCCCGGCCCGGUGCUUAGCUACAGCCUGCGCUGCGCGCUGGACGCGGGUCUGCUGCCGGCGCUGGAGGCCCGCCUGCGGCGGCCGGCGGACUGGCUGCAGCCGGACACGGUACGCGCCGUUGCAGCCGCAGGCGGCAGAAGCGCUGGCAGGAAGAUGCCGGGUGCCCGCUUGGUGCUGUGCUCGGUGCACUUGCUGUGUGCUAAGGGUGUGUGGGCGGCGGUGCUUGCGCACGCGCCGCCCGCUCAGGUGGCCUCUCUGGUGGUGACGCUGGCGGCGGCGUGGCGCCUGCUGGCCAGCGGCGGCGCCGGUUUCAGUGGCGGCGGCGCCGCCGCCAGGUCAGGAACACCGGCAGCGGCCUACAUUGAGUCUGGCAAGGCGCUGGCCGGGGAGCUGGUGCGGCUGCUGGAGGUGGCCCUGCAGACGGAGAGGCGCACCUCGCAGCUGCUGGACGACGAGAGCGAGGAGGGGGAGGGGGAGGAGGACGAGGACGAGGACGAGGAGGGGGUGGGGGUGGGGGAGGAGGCGAGCGAGGAAAAGAGCGUGGCAGCCGUGACACAUCUCCUGGAGGGGAUGGUACGGCUGUUCCAAGGUGGUGGCAAGCCGCCCUCGAAAACAACGCCUGCAUCCGCCGCCGCGCCGGCGGCUGCAGUCCGCAGCGUACAGCAGAUGCCAGCGCCGCCGCGCGCGCCACGGCCACCGGUGCCUCCGCCACCACCGCCGCCGCCACCACUGCCGCCGCCAUCAGUGCAACCGCCGCCGCCGCCACCACAGGUAACGAUGCAGCCGCAGCCGGCCACGACGCACCAGCAGCGGCUGCUGGCGAGCCUGUGCCUGUGGCAGUGGGCCCCCGCCACCAUGGGGGAGGCGCAGCGGCAGCUGCAGGCGGAGCUGGCGGCGGCGCCUGCGACCGCCAGCAGCCCUGAUGACAUGCUGAACGCUCUGGCCCGUGUGUUGGUGGAUGAGGACAGUUGCCUCGGCGCCGUGACGCCAUCGCUGGGCCACCUCACGACCAUUGCCGUGCACGUCUUGCUUAACAAGGCCGCACACGCAGGCGCCAGCACCCCCAGCAGCAACCCCAGCAGUAUCAAUAGCAGCACGCCCGGCACCAGCACCUCCAGCACUAGCCCGCCGCCGGCCGCGGCUGCGCCGCUGCUGACGUCGCUUUCCGAGAUCGCGGCGAAUGACUACGACGCGGUCGAGGCGGAUGCCGCAGCUGCAGAGGCGUCGUGGCGCGCCUUCCUCACCAGUCAGCAGCUUGGUGCCCGAGGGCUGCUGGCCACGCUGCUGCGCUGGUUGCUCACACACGCGGCGGCGGCACAGGCGGGGCCACAGGCAGGGGUGAGCAGCGCGCUGGCCCUGCUGAACCCCGUCGUGAUACUGACGCUCGGCAACGUGCUCCCCACGGUGGCGGCGGCCGCGCCGGAGCUGGUGCUGGCGGCGGCGUGCGAUGCGACGGAGCAGCAGUGGCAGCAGCAGCAGCAGCAGCGACAGCAGCUGCGGGCGGCGGGAUGCGGCGCGCGUGGCGUGGGCGCCUCCAGCCUGCUUGGCUGCGACGCGGGCGCCGUGAUGGGUCCCCUGCUGGUCCUGGCGCGGGAGCUCAGGUGCAAUCCGGAGCUGCUGCGCUGGCUGCAGGCGGCGGCGGGAGUGCUGCAGCGGCUGCCUGCGCCCUGGUCCAGCGCGGCAGCACAGGUGCACUUGCGCGGGGAGCUGGCGCAGCCCCGUCUGGCGGUGGCAACGUCGGAGCUGCGGCAGGCGACGCUGCGCAACCGGGACUUGCUCGUGGAUGCGGUGCCGUCGGGCGUGGCACUGGUGUGCCCGGCCGGGGUGCAGCGGCGGCUGCAGCGGGGGCUGUGGGCCCCUGGCGACGGCGGGCCGCGGGCACGGGCUGGUGAGCAGGCGGAGGCGGAGGCAAGCGCGGAGGAAGCCGUUACCGGUGGCGAUGGAAACAGAAGCGGCAGUAACCAACAGGGGUUGGAAGGCAGCAGCAGUAGCAGGGGCAGUAGCAGCGGGCAGUACGGGGUGAGUGUGGUGCUGUGUGACAACCCGCUGUGCUGCAGCCUGGAGGGUCCCAGUGCGGCCCUGCCGCUCGCUGGCAGCGGGGCUGGUGGCAGCGGCGGCGGCAAGACGUGCGCGCGCUGCAAGCGUGUGCGGUACUGCUGCGGCGUGUGCCAGCUGCAGCACUGGCGCGAGGGAGGCCAUAGCGCGGAGUGCGGCAGGCUGCAGGAGCAGCACGCAGCGCCGUAGCGGCAGAGGCACGCGCGGCGGCAUGAGAUGAUGUAGGCAGCAGCUGAGUGAUUGAGGCACGCUGCGCUCGCAAGGAAGGAAUGCUGAGCCGCAGGCGUGGUGUGGCACGGCGUGGUGGCGAGCGGCGACCUGAGGAGCCCGGACCGGAGCGGCGCGGCAACCGGAGUGGCAGCGGUGUGGGCCAGAGCCAGCCAGUGCGCUGGCGCUUAACUUGCCUGCUGCUACUGCUGUAGAGUGGAGGAAUAAAACGAUACGUGGAUACGGCAAUGUAUGGCAGAUGGCUGCGGAGGGAACUUCAGUUAGCAUGAACUAUUGUUAGAGCCCGCCCAGCGGGGUGGUGGGGAGACUAACGCCCCAAGAUCUUGGUACGACAGGCCCAGUGUGCCUGAAACGGUUGGAACAUUGGCGUUAGUUUCUGCUUUUGCGUUUGGGGCCUGCACGCGGCUUUGGUGGGGUAUGCGGCAGGGGGCAGGAGGCAGCGCGGUAUCAUGUGCUGUUGUUGUGGACGGGGGCAAGGCGCGAGACAUGGGUCAGUGGCUCGGCAGUGCAGUUGUGGGUGCCCAGUACUGCAAGUCGCAUAGACUCAAGGCUGCUGCUCGCUUUCCCGUUUGCUCUCGACGUGCAUUGAAGCCACGCCCUUUUGUCGCCGCGUGCCAUGCGCCACUCUAGACUCUACAACGCCAACCCGCUGGCAAAUGCACAAUGCCAUCAUCACUUACACGAGGGCGGUGGUGUGCUCUAUAAAUAGGUCCAUGAGCCGGAGGUGCUGACCUCAGAAGCUAUGGCCUGUCCACCGGGACCCUAGCAGCAACUACAGGCCUUGCAGACCUGUUGGGUUUGGGGUUUUGCCCCGCCCCCGCCGGGGUACUUCCAGGUUCAAGCUUGUCCCUCAUCGUCGGGGCCAUCGUCGGGCUCGGUGCACGCGCACCAACAAUGGUGCACGUGACAUGGCCGUGACGUGCACCAAGGUGCGCGUGCACCGAGCCCGCUGAUGGCCCCAGCGUGAGUCUAUGCGCGAUCU